UCCAAAUUCUUUUGUGAGGAAUCUGGAGAUAUUUCGGUAUCACCUCGUCAUCCCCCUUCUGUGUUACUCUCUCUGUACGAACUCAUUUGCAAAAUUCCUCCGCACCACUCAUUUACACAACCCAAUAACUCGAAAUUAAGCCACACAAAACCCUAUUUCAUCAGAGGUGUAUCUUAUGGGGUGAAGCGCCAGUUAUUCGAUAUUUGCUUUGCUUUUUAUGGAGUGGGACAGUAGCAGUUCUGAUCUGAGUGGUGACGAGGAAGAAGGGUUUUUAUUGAACGAUGGCGGCCCCUUGCCGUUCCCCGUCGAUAGCCUGCUUCAACCGGCGCCGUGUGGUUUUGUGGUUACGGAUGCGUUAGAGCCUGAUCAACCAAUUAUCUACGUCAAUUCGGUUUUCGAGAUGGUUACUGGGUAUCGCGCUGAAGAAGUCCUUGGUCAUAAUUGCCGAUUCUUACAAUGCAGAGGUCCAUACGCAAAAAGAAGGCAUCCAUUAGUAGACUCUUCAGUAAUUUCAGAAAUCAGAAGAUGCAUCAACAACGGAAUCGAAUUCCAAGGAGAACUCCUAAAUUUCAGAAAAGAUGGCACCCCAUUAAUGAACAGACUCCGUAUGACCUCCAUAUACGGCGAUGACGAUGAAAUAACCCACAUCAUCGGAAUCCAAUUCUUCACAGAAGUCAACAUCGACCUGGGCCCACUCCCGGGGUCCACAACAAAAUCCACCCUACAACCCUACAACCCAUUCCGUUCCGCUCUUCUUUCCAAUUCCGCCUCUACAACCCGCAAUUCCACUCCUGGGAUUCUCCAAUUAACCGACGAAGUAAUCUCCCUCAAGAUUCUCUCACUGUUAACCCCACGAGACAUCGCGUCCUUUGGAUCGGUUUGCUCCCGGUUUUAUGAAAUCACAAAAAACGAAGAUUUAUGGAGAAUGGUGUGUCAGAACGCAUGGGGGAGUGAAACCACUAGGGUUCUAGAAACCGUCCCCGGGGCUAAACGCUUAGGGUGGGGCCGGUUAGCCCGGGAGCUAACCACCCUCGAAGCGGCUGCAUGGCGGAAGCUAACCGUAGGCGGUGCGGUCGAACCCUCCCGCUGCAACUUCAGCGCGUGUGCGGUUGGAAACCGGGUGGUUCUAUUCGGUGGUGAAGGUGUCAACAUGCAACCAAUGAAUGACACUUUUGUCCUUGACUUAAACUCGAGUAAACCCGAAUGGCAACAUAUAAAAGUGGGGUCCCCGCCACCUGGACGUUGGGGCCACACGCUUUCGUGUGUUAAUGGUUCGAAUCUUGUUUUGUUUGGCGGAUGUGGUCGACAAGGGUUGUUGAAUGAUGUUUUUUUGUUGGAUUUAGACGCGAAACAUCCAACAUGGCGUGAAAUUUCCGGUUUAGCCCCUCCGAUUCCGAGGUCGUGGCAUAGUUCGUGUACCCUCGAUGGAACUAAAUUAAUCGUGUCUGGUGGAUGUGCGGAUUCCGGUGUUCUUUUAAGCGAUACUUUUCUUCUCGAUCUGUCACUUGAGAAACCGAUUUGGAGGGAAAUUCCAGUGUCGUGGACCCCACCGAGUCGACUCGGGCAUACGUUAUCGGUAUAUGGUGGACGGAAGAUUUUGAUGUUUGGUGGGCUGGCGAAAAGUGGGCCCCUUAGGUUUCGGUCAAGUGAUGUGUUUACUAUGGAUUUGAGUGAAGAUGAGCCGUGUUGGAGGUGUGUUACGGGUAAUGGGAUGCCCGGGGCGGGAAAUCCGGGCGGGGUAGCUCCCCCGCCCCGGCUUGACCAUGUGGCGGUCAGUCUGCCCGGUGGGCGGAUACUUGUUUUUGGUGGGUCAGUUGCGGGGCUCCAUUCGGCUUCACGGUUGUAUAUACUUGACCCGACUGAAGAGAAGCCGACAUGGCGGAUAUUGAAUGUACCAGGUCGACCUCCUAGGUUUGCAUGGGGACAUAGUACAUGUGUUGUUGGUGGGACACGUGCGAUUGUUCUUGGAGGACAAACGGGUGAAGAGUGGAUGUUGAGUGAGCUUCAAGAGUUGUCAUUAGCGAGUUAUGUUAUUUAAAAAAAUACAAAAAAGAAAAAAGAAAAAAUGAAGGUGGAAUGAGUGGAAAUUCAAAUAAGGUACAAUUUUUGUCAGAUGAUUUGUGCAGGAGUGUUCUGUGGUACCUAUUUUGGAUCAUCACUGCAUCUUUUAGGGUAACAGUAGGUUUGACCAUAUAAUAUAACAUUUUGUCGUGUAUUUAAAUCAUGAAAAAGAAUAAAAAAUGUAACAAUGAAAUAAAAGGGUGUUUGUAAUUGGUGUAUAUAAUAAGAAGUCAGAAAUAUGUUAGGUUUGUACUUGACGCCUAUUUC